CGCGGUUCUUCAUCUCUGUCAUCUCAGAUUUUUCAAAAGCUCCCCCCUUUUUCUCUUCUUCUCGAGCUUGCGACCAUAUUCGUUGCCAAUGGUGUCCAGAGACAACCCUCCUCGUCCUUCAAAUGAACCCCCUCCCCUUCCUUCUUCUUCUUCUUCUUCUUCUUCGUCGUCGUCGUCGUCAUCCUUGAUUGAGAGGAAAAACCAUCUAAUGUCAGGUACUAGAUCGAGCUUUGCCUUCUCCUCCUCUACUCCAUUGAUGGAAAUCCCAUCGUCUCCUUUAUCAAGGGAGCUUAAGAUUGAAAUUACGGGUGGAAAUUUAGAUUUUCCCCAAAAAGCUCAUGCCUUGGCGGAGAAGAUCCCGCUUUUGUCUUCGGGCCCUUCAUCUUCGUGUUCGACUCUUCCCAGUGAGGCCAGCGGAGAAGUUCCGGAACUCCCUCGGCCUCUUGAGGCUCUUCAAAGUUCUCCCAUCCCGCCGUUCCUGUCCAAGACCUAUGACCUGGUUGAUGAUCCCGUCCUUGAUCGGCUGAUCUCGUGGGGUCCGAAUGGUUUGAGCUUCAUCGUGUGGGACCCUGCAGAGUUCUCCAUGUCUAUCCUGCCCCGGCAUUUCAAGCACAACAAUUUCUCCAGUUUCAUCCGGCAGCUCAAUACUUAUAUUGCUUCCGAGGAGGAUUCUGUAGAACCGCUGUGUAUCCUUUAUACAAUUCUGUAGUUAUUAUUUCUGUCGUCAUCACUUUAAUAUGAUGCGAUUGUUAUAAAAUUGUGAAUUCUCUGUUGUCACUCAACCAUGAUUUGUAUGAGUUUAUUUGAUGUUUCUCUUGUACUCUGAAAUUGUUCUGAAAAUUAUAUAUCUCUAUAUAUAUAUAUAUAUAUAUAUAACAAUUAAUGGUUAUUAUAAUUCCUUACAUAAUUAUAAAGUACAUGGACUCAAAGCAUGAGCAGUUGCUGAAAUCUAGCUCCAUCAUUUAGUACAUGGCAAGUUAUAAAAUGUUGAUUGUAACAACAUGUUGCAGUGGAGAUGAUUUAUUGGAGUAAAAGUGGCAGUUUACUGAUUUCUUGCAAGGGAACAGGCCUUUAUUGAAGAACAUUCGCAGGCGCCGAUCAUCACAGGGACAGGAAAUGGUUAAUCCUAUUAAUUCUUUAGUUAAUGAAGUGAAACCCGAAGUGAAGCAAUCUGGAUUGGAAAUUGAGCUUAAGAAGCUGAGAGGGGAAAAGAAAUCAUUGAUGCAGGAGGUUUUUCAGUUGCAGCAGGAGCACCUUGCAACAAUCCGACAGGUGGAUUCCCUAAAUCAGCGCAUGCAAUCAGCAGAAAGGAGGCAGAAGCAGAUGGUAACAUUUUUGGCGAGGGUUUUUCAGAAUCCUGAAUUCUUGGCCCAAAUUAGGAAGCAAAAAGCACAAAGAGAGAUUGUACCUGCCAGGGCCAAAAGAAAAUUCCUUAAGCAGCACUCUUGCAGCAGUGAGCCAGUUAAAUCCCUUGAACAGAAAAUUGUGGAUUAUGGACAAUGUUCAGUUGAUGUUGGUGGAUCUUCUUCGCAGCUGGGCAUUCAAGCUGGUGUGCAUAAACCACUUGAAGAUAAUUUUCUGGAAGACAUGGUGGAGAAGCUUGGUCUUGAUCCAAGCACAAAAGAAGUACUUCUUGCAGCUUCAGAGCAUGACGGAUUAGAAAUGGCUCCAUUGCCUCCAGCCUCUGAUGCUUGCACACAAGAAGUAAGCUUACAAACAGAUGAUAGCUUUGCUGUCACUGAAUACUAUGUAUCGUUUCCUGAGGAUAUCAGUCCGGAGAAAACCCUUUCAGAAACCAUAUUUCCUCCAGGUGAAGAUACUACGAUGCCAUUUCCGGAAUUUAUUGCUCAAGAGAAAGUCUUACCUGAUGCAGCUACCUCUGCUACAGAUAUUACUAUGGGAGAUAUGGAAGCCUGGAGCACGGGCCUCGAGAUUGGAGGGAGCUCAUUCAGUUCUGGCCUGGAUUUGUGGGCGGACCUUGAUCAGAAUGUUCCUGAACUGGAAGGUGCUGCUGGAUAUUCUGAGUUAUGGGAUCCCGUCUUGCAGACAUUGGAUGAAGGAUUGCAUAUUGAUGAGUUUCUGAGUGCAGAUUCCUAUUCCUAUCAGUGUGAAAGCCAAAUUGAUCUGCCAGAUGAAGAUUCAGAUAAAAUUGAUAAACCAUAAGUCUUCUAGUGUUUAGGAUGAUAGUUAGCAUCCUCUUGGGUUGCGUUUGUGCCAUCACUGGAACAGUUAUUAUUAUUCUUAUAACAUA